AAAAAUUAUUAUCCUGAUUUAUUUCAUCCCCAUUUUCCCAUCAAAAGUAAUAAUCCCGGGCAUUAACCAACUAAUUAAGCCAUUCUGCGAAGGAACUGUUGGCGGAAAUGAUUGGGGGAGUUGUGUAAAACCAAAAAUGAAGUUGAAAAGAAGAUGGUGGUUUGAUUUGAAUGGGUUCUCGCUUACCAAUGCCCGCCAUGCCCGAUUGGUUGUAACAUAUGCUCUAAAAUGGAAGCGGGAGAUUGUUUUGCUGCAAAAAACGCGGCCUCCUAUAUGAUUCAGCUCCCUCCAUCACAACCCCAAAUCUUUUCCCUCACCUAUCUGCACCAAAAAGGGUUCUGCUCAAUAAUUUUUUCGUUUAAUGGCGAAGCAGAACAAUGAUAUACCUCUUGCUAUGGAGGAGGUAAGCGGGGAUGAAGCUACACAAGACGAGAGCUUGGAUAUCCCUGUCAUUGAAGUUGCAGAGAUCAGUAAGCCUGAAGAUAUCACCGAGGAAAGCAUUGAUAUCCCUGUCAUUGCAGUUGCAGAGACCAGUGAGCCUGAAGAUAUCACGGAGAAAGGCAUUGAUAUCAUUGAUAUCCCAGCCACUACGGAGGUUAAUGAGCCUGAAAGUUGCAAUGUAGAAGUUAUUGUGCACAUUAAUACCCCAAAGAUGAAACCAAAAAUUCUCUCUCGCUAUCUCCUACCGCACACAGGCUCAUGCCAUGAUUUUUGCAAAUAUGGUGCUAAACAGGAUCUUGAAGGGAAGCCUGCAAGUUCAAUCUUGAGAAAAGCUAAAUCAAUGGGAGGUGGUGGCCGGGAUUUGAGGAGGAUUAUGGUUUUGUUGGCGAAACAGAAUACAAUCACUCCAAAGUCCUCCCCUGAUUACAAUGCUAUCAAUAUUACUGACGUGAAGGAAGAUAUAAUUUCUUUCCCCGAGAUUGUUACUCCCUCUCCAAAAAGGCCUUUACCUUCUAUCAAGGAAGUGCAGGCUGCAUCGGUGCAUUACGGUCGGACAAAACUUAAUUUGUCCCGAUCGAUGGCAUCUUCUUUUGCAAGACGAGUUAGUUCACGAACCAAAAGAAACAAAGAACUUCGAAAGGAUAAGAAACAAGAUGGAGAUGGAAGUUCAAGCAGUUGUACAAAUAGCACAAGUAGAUGCCAAGAGAGAAAUAUAUCCGCAGAGGAGGAUAUGAAGGACUUGGUGCCACGAGUACUUUUUCGUGUUCCAAGAAAUCGUGUCAAGUGUGUUACAAUUGCAGAUAAGAAAAUCAUUGGGAGGUGUGGUCUGAAGAGACCAAAGCAUCCCAGAAAAUAUAAACCUGAUCCAUUUAACAAUGAGGAUGUAGAGGAGAAAACUUUAUACAUGAUUGAACCAUCCACCAAGAAUGAAACACAGGAAUUGGCUCAGAAUAGUGUUCAAACCGCUGAGUCUCGAUCACAAUCUUCAUCUGCAACAGACAACAGCUUGAAGCAUGAACAAGAGUCUGAUAGAUCCUCCGUAUUGCCACCAUUGUCAGUGAAAAAGAACAUGAGGCAUGCUAGAAAUAGAACUAAUCCUAAACUUUUAUCUACCAAGAAUGAAACAGAGGCAUUGACUCAAAAAUGUAUUCAAACCGCCGAGUCUCGACCACAGUCUUCAUCUGCAACAGACAGCAGCUUGAAGCAUGAACAAGAGUCUGAUGGAUCCCCCAUAGUGCCACCAUUGUCAGUGAAAAAGAACGUUAGGCGUGCUAGAAAUAGAACUAGUCCUAAAAUUUUAUCUACCAAGAAUGAAACAGAGGAAUUGACUCAAAAUAGUGUUCAAACCGCCGAGUCUCGACUACAAUAUUCAUCUGCAACAGACAACAGCUUGAAGCAUGAACAAGAGUCUGAUGGGGCCCCCAUAGUGUCACCAUUUUCAGUGAAAAAGAAUGUGAGGCGUGCUAGAAGUAGAACAAGUCCUAAAACUUUAUCAACCAAGAAUGAAACAGAGAAAUUGGUUCAAAAUAGUGUUCAAACCGCUAAGUCUCGACCACAAUCUUCAUUUGCUACAGACAACAGGUUGAAGCAUCAAAUAGAGUCUGAUGGAGCCCCCAUAGUGUCACCAUGGUCAGUGAAAAAGAACGUGAGGCGUGUUAGAAAUAGAACUAGUCCUAAAAUUUUAUCGACCAAGAAUGAAACAGGGGAAUUGGCUAAAAAUAGUGUUCAAACUGCUGUGUCUCGACCACAAUCUUCAUUUGCAACAGACAACAGCUUGAAGCAUCAACAAGAGUCUGAUGGAGCCCCCAUAGUGCCACCAUUGUCAGUGAAAAAGAAAGUGAGGCGUGCUAGAAAUAGAACUACUCCUAAAAGUUUAUCAACGUCUCCAUCGGUAUCCAAGGAAUUCAAAGGUAUAAGUAGAAGUUUAUCAACGUCUCCAUCGGUAUCCAAGGAAUUCAAAGGUAUAAUUAGAAGUUUAUCAACGUCAUCGGUAUCCAAGGAAUUCAAAGGUAUAAGUAAAAGUUUAUCAACGUCUCCAUCGGUAUCCAAGGAAUUCAAAGGUAUAAGACAUAAGAGAUUUGGUAUGGCUCAUAUGACGGAGACCCGAUCAGCUCCUUCAUCACCAUUUUCAUCUAGGUACCCAUCUGAACGCGUCCAUGUUGAGCAUCGUGGCUCUACUUCAGGAAAUGAUGUGAAAAAAAGUGAGAAUUCAAAGGUGGAACUCAAGCUUAAGACCCGAAGGAUGGCUCUAAGUGAUUCUGGAGAUAGUCAAUCUAGAAAGCUGAAGUUUAGGAAGGGGAGGAUGCUUGAACUUCAAACUGAAACCAGUACGCCAAGGAGGCUUAAAUUUCGGCGUGUACGUUUACUUGGUGAGAUUCAAAGUCCUAAAGUUGAUUUAAGAAAGAGAAACAUGAAGGGUAAAGAGGCCAACCAAAAUGGUAUUGAAGUGAAGGAAGAUGAGAAGGAAUUUAAGAGAAAGAAAUUCUUUAGGAGGAAGGAAACUAUCGAGGGAAAAUUCAUUUCUAGUAGACUCAAAUCUGAGAGAGUUGUUCUUAGACAUCAGGAUUCGAGAGGAAAGAAAGAAACCCUAAAUCUGCUUAAUAAUGUCAUUGAAGAGACUGCAAGCAAGCUUGCACAGACCAGGAACAGUAAGGUCAAGGCAUUGGUUGGUGCCUUUGAAACUGUGAUAUCAUUACAGGAUACAAGACCCCCUGCAGCAGGUGUUGCAUAAUAUAUAAGCUGUAUGAUAAAGAUAUAAUAUUUCAUGUAUAUAACAAUCUGG